AGAAAACAAGCAGUUUAAAUGCUUCAACGUAAAGGUCGGCCUCUUCAUAUGGACAGUAAAGGCAGAACGGAGCAUAUCGGAGUUACUUUUUGCUUUUACGGACUACUAGCUGCUGUCACUGGGAGUUGGUGUUAGGAAGCAGCUCAGCAUGUGCUGACCAGCAGCUCACCAAGCCACAACACUGGACAUCUGACAGAGCUGCAGACUAGAUGUGAAAGCGACUUGAUCAGACGAUGUGUGAACCGGUCCUCCCCCUGUGCCUGCUGCUGUGGAUCCUGCAAGCAACACAAGCUGCUAAGGUCACAGCUCCCGCCAGAGUGGAUGCAGUGGCUGGUGAUCCCACCCACCUUCGCUGCAACAUCACCAUGGAGGCGGAUGAAAGCGUGCACCAGGUGCGCUGGCACGACCCUCACUCCAACAUGAUCCUGGCGUAUUUGCCGACCUCGCCGGUCCGCAUCGUCCACCAAGACGCCAACCUCAAGGUGACGGUGGCGCGCAAGGACUCCAGCUACAUCACCAUCAAGAAGGUGCGGCCGGAUGACGAGGGCUGCUUCCACUGCUUUUUCGACGUGUACCCCUCUGGGAAGCAGCAAGGCACCACCUGUAUCACCAUCACCGGAGGCAGAGUCCACCUGGAGGGGAACAGGACGGCCAUACGCGGGCUGCCCGUCACCCUGUCCUGCUCGUACACCCUCGUCAAACGGGUCGCCCAGGCUCUGUGGAGGAAGACGACGGAGCAGGGUGACACCGUCACUGUCGCCUCGUACGCCAAGUUGGGCUCUUACCUGGGGAAGGAGUUCAAAGGUCGGGUCAGCCUGAGCCCCACGCUGGGGGAGACCAGACUGACCAUCGAGGAGGUCAAAAUGGAGGACGAGGCGUGCUACACCUGCGAGUUCCACACCUACCCGGACGGAACCAGGAACGCCGUCGCCUGCCUCCACGUCUACGUCUUACCCAACCCUCAGGUGAGCUUCUCGACGUCGCCCUCGGGAGUCACGGAGGUAAACUGCACCGCCAAGUCGAGGCCUCCGUCCACCAUCCUGUGGGACAUUAGCAACAAUGCCGUCACCCUGGGUCCACCGGUGUUGUCGGCGUACAGUCAGGGUGACGGCACCACGAUAGUGAUGAGCAUGCUGCGCUUCCGGUCCGCGCUCAGAACCGUGAAAUGCAUCGUGCAGCACCAGGGUUUAGAGAAAGCCCUCACACUGGACGUCAAAGCAGACGAUUAUGAUAUUUUGCCUGUUGGAGUGAGUUCCCCCAACGUUGUCCUCAUCUCUGUGUGUCUGGCUGCAACUGUCGUCAUCCUGGGUCUGUGUGUGUUUUUCUGCAAGCGCUUCGUAUGUAUUUGACGACUGAUUCGGCAUCUGGCGUCGCCACCACUGUUAUGCUUCAGUGGAUUUCUGAGCCUGACCCAGCUGCUCAGCACCGUGCAGAAGAAGCUGCUUGUUCUGCUCCUACCAACCAGAAAUGUACUGCCAGAGCAGACUAAACACUUCUACUGAAAGGAUUAUUUAAGGCUACAAAUGAGACGAAACUGCUGAGAAGUCGACCUUCAGUGGCCUGAAAACCUUUUACGAUUUGGUUUCAGGUCAUGUCAUUCCUCUUUGUCCUGUAACAAACACCCUCUGCAGCUAUAAAGUGCCACACAUCCACGUUAAAACUGAUGGUCUUAAAUAAUGUUUUUACUUCUAAUGCUCUGAAAUUUGUUGUUGUGGCUGUUUUAUGUUGAGAUUAACCUGUUAGCACCAUAAGCUAGCGACGCCACUGCCCUAGUUCUUUAACAGUCCUGAUUGGUUCAUCCAGCACACAGAAAAAUGUUGGAAGAAAAACCAAAAUGUCCAACUCUGUUCUAAGUUUAGCCUUGUUUCGUGUACUGACUGGAUAAAUAUACCCCAGCUCUACGUCUGGCCAUUGUCCCUCAGGCCUGGUGGUUUUUUGGGACGCCAGCACCACCACCAAAAUGCAUCUAUUAGUGGUUCCUGGAGACGUACGCUGAUUAGAGGAGGGCCAGUUCUGGACCUGCAAGUAACGGGAAACCCAAACGCAUCCAAAGUUCUGAGGAAGGAUGUGACUUUUUGUUGAACCUUCGUGAGUCAUUUUGAGAGCGGAGAGGAUGGCAGCUCUGUCGGUUUUGAACUCCUGCGUGUGGGACGGGGACAGGUGGUCGAGAUGUAAUCUGUGUGUUUCUGGGGUCACCGCCACCCAAACGCCUCCUGAGCAGAUGAACCUAUGAAUCACCGUUUGUGUGUACGAGUGUGAGACAGAUAGAGGGCGGAUCCGUUUCCACGCACACGUUUGUUUUUAAAGGAAGUUUCUGUUUUUAUGUGUUUCUGAAUCACUGAGCAGCAUCGACAUUUUUGUAGUUGUACUGAGAAAAGUAAAUGUACUCUUAAUUUUUUAAAUAAUUUUUAUACAAUGACACUUAUAUAGUACUACACAUUGUGAUUGUGGAUGAGCUUUAAAGAAUUAAAGCACUAUUGUGCAGCUGUUUUGUUA